AUGGUUCACGCGCUCGAGCUCCAUCGCUGCUCCAUGCCAUUGAAUUGUGAUGCUGUGGAAUUCUGUGAUGAUCAUGCGAGGUUCCUGGUCGCUACUUACGAACUCGACGAAAGCUCGAACAGUUCGAGAGAGGGUUCGCUGAGUCUGUUCAGAACGUCCCAGGAGUCGUUCGAAAAACUCUCGAGCAUCGAGGCGCCGGCUGGAGUUCUAGACAUCAAAUUCUUCCCCACAGAGAGGGAUCGCUUUAUAGCUCCCUUAGCAAACGGAAGCGUAAACGUGGGCCGUGUGACCGCAGAAGAUGAAAUCCAGCUGCUCAGCUCCUCUGAGAGCAUUGCGUCCGAUAUAACGUUAUCAGUUUCAAGCCGAGGCGAUGACCGAGUGGCGGCAGCUUACAGCAGUGGUAGUGUGAGGGAAUUCCGAAUCACUGAAAGCGUGGUGAAACUCUUAUCCUGCGGAAAAGUUCACCAGCACGAAGCCUGGGCGGUACUUGCCAUGGAUGACAGAACUCUCUCGGGAGGAGACGAUUGUACUCUCCGCUGCUCCGAGGGGAAUGGGAACAGGGUGAUGCGACGAUUCGACGCCGGAGUGACCGCCAUCGAGCGUGAUCUCGAGGAGAACGGAAUUCUUGUUGGGACAUACGAAGACAAAAUAUACAAAUUCGAUCUGCGGAAUAUCAAGCAACCCUUGCUUGAGAAAAAUCUCGGAGGAGGCAUUUGGCGGAUAAAGAAAAAUCCAUCGAGUCCGCGCUUUCUCGCUCUGGCCGGAAUGUACGCUGGAGCUUUCAUAGUCGAACGAGAUACGCUUGAAGUCUGUUCGACAUUCAAGGGACACGAAUCCAUGUGUUACGGCGUCGCUUGGAGGGAUAAUCAGCGCAUCGUAAGCUGUUCUUUCUACGAUAAACUAGUCGUUAUGUGGGAUACAGGAAUAAAAUGA